AUGGCGUCGGCAUCGGACAAGGCGAAGGCUGACGCGGCCCUGGUGAAUGCGGCCGCCGCCACGCGCGACUACCGCGUCGCUCCCCGGCUGGACUACCGGACUGUCGCAGGCGUCGAAGGGCCGUUGGUCAUUCUCGACGACGUGAAAUUUCCCAUGUACAACGAAAUCGUCAACAUCCACCUCGGCGACGGCUCCAUCCGAGAGGGACAGGUGUUGGAGGUCCGCGGAAAGCGCGCCGUUGUCCAGGUGUUCGAAGGAACGUCAGGGAUCGACAACCGACAAUGCCACGCGGAGUUCACCGGGGACGUGCUCAAGAUGCCCAUUAGCGAGGAGAUGUUGGGGCGUGCGUUCAACGGGAGCGGCAAGCCGAUAGACCGCGGCCCGCGGGUGCUGGCGGAGGAGUUUCUGGAUAUCAACGGCUACCCGAUCAAUCCGCAGUGCCGCGUGUACCCCAAGGAGAUGAUUCAGACGGGCAUUUCGGCAAUCGACGUGAUGAACAGCGUCGUCCGCGGCCAGAAGAUUCCGCUCUUUUCGGCCGCCGGGCUUCCGCACAACGAGAUCGGCGCGCAGAUCUGCCGCCAGGCGAGUCUGGUGUCAGGCAAAGACGUGACUGACCACUCCGAUGAGAAUUUCGCCGUGGUUUUCGGCGCGAUGGGCGUGAACAUGGAGACUGCGCGGUUCUUCCGGCAGGACUUUGAAGAGAACGGCAGCAUGGAGCGCGUCGCGCUGUUCCUCAACCUGGCGAACGACCCGACCAUCGAGCGCAUCAUCACGCCGCGCCUCGCGCUCACGACUGCCGAGUACCUCGCGUACGAACGCGAGAUGCACGUCUUUGUCAUUCUGACCGACAUGACGGCCUACGCAGACGCGCUGCGUGAGGUCUCCGCCGCCCGCGAGGAAGUCCCCGGCCGCAGAGGCUACCCCGGAUACAUGUACACCGAUCUCUCCACCAUCUACGAGCGCGCCGGCCGAGUCGAGGGCCGCAACGGCUCCAUCACGCAGUUCCCCAUCUUGACCAUGCCCAACGACGACAUCACCCACCCCGUGCCUGAUCUCACGGGGUACAUCACCGAGGGACAGAUCUUCGUCGACCGCGGCCUCUACAACCGACAGAUCUACCCGCCGAUCAACGUCCUCCCUUCGCUCAGCCGCCUCAUGAAGUCCGGUAUCGGCCGCGGCAUGACUCGCGAAGAUCAUCCGCAGGUUUCUGACCAGCUGUACGCGAACUACGCCAUCGGUCAAGACACGCGCGCGAUGAAGGCCGUGGUGGGUGAAGAGGCGCUGUCGCCCGACGACUUGCUGUACCUCGAGUUCACGGAUAAGUUCGAGAACCGCUUCCUCAGCCAAGGCCCGUACGAGAAUCGAUCGGUGUUUCAGUCGCUGGACAUUGCGUGGGAGCUGCUGCGUAUCUUCCCCGAAGACAUGCUCAAGAAAAUCAAGGAAGAAGAACUCCGAAAGUUCUACCCCCGCGACAAGUAUCUGGAGGAGCAGGAAAGACACGACAAGCGCGUCCCGCCCUCGUCUUGA